AAAAAGUGUCAUGUAUAAGGGUGGCAGGAGCACGGAGCAUCCUUGCCGGAGUCCCUUGCCCUUGCCCCCGCCCCGCGCUCUCGUUGGGGGGCGGGACCUUUCUGCGGGCACCCGAGGCUCCCCGGAGCGCGAGUUCCUCUGCCUGCCUGUUUCAGUUCGGUUCGUUAGGAAAGUAUAUCCGUUGCUUUCUGGGACUUUCCCCAGCUUCCAGAGCAGAAAUCGGAAUUUCCCAAAUCCCCUGGAAUCCUGAAUUCACACUGUUCACAGCGGAUGUCCGCAGCCUCGGACAAGUGUGGCCGCGCAGGUUCCAAGGGGACAGGCCAGUCCAGCGGCCUGGGAGGAAGAAGGCACAGUCCUGAGAACGCUGAGCUCUCUAAGGUUCUGCUCCUUCUGAGUCUGGUUUUCAGCACUCUCUUUGGAAGGCUGAUCUUCUGGUGCACAUCAUGUCCACUUUUGAAGAUGCCGACACAGAAGAGACAGUAACUUGUCUCCACAUGACUGUUUAUCACCCUGGCCAGUUGCAAAGUGGAAUAUUUCAAUCCAUAACAUUUUAUGAUAGAAAGAAAUUCCCCUCCACCGAAGUGAUAAAAUUUGGACGGAAUUCCAACAUCUGUCAUUAUGUUUUUCAGGACAAACAGGCUUCACGAAUUCAGUUUUCUCUGCAGCCAUUUAAACAAUUUAACAGCGCAGUUCUCUCCUUUGAAAUUAAAAAUAUGAGCAGGAAGACCAGUCUGAUUGUGGACAGCCAGGUGCUAGGCUACCUAAAUAAAAUGGACUUGCCCUACCGGUGCAUGAUCAGAUUCGGUGAGUAUCAGUUCCUGUUGGAGAAGGAAGAUGGAGAGUCACUGGAAUGGUUUGAGACACGAUUUCUUUUUUCUCCAAGACCGCUCUUGCAGGAAAACUGGCCAGCACAGACACCCAUACCUGAGAAUGGCAGCUGUUCAUCCUGUUCUACCCAAAGCCCUCUUCCUACAGAAAUGGAUGAAAAUGAAUUGUGAACUGAGGGUCUAAGAGGAGAAACAUGAAGGACGAAGAACAGAUUGGAGACAUUCUGCUUAUUAAAAGUUUAUUAGUUUAGUACAUCAUAGUCAUCUGUUAGGCUGCCAAGUUUGGGAUUUGUUAUUACCAUCGUGUUGUUACUCAUCGUCUUAGUCACCUGUUGCACUUCUGGAUCUAUGAAGAAUUAAGUGUACAUUAGUGAGGGUUAGUGUGUAAAAAUAUCCUUGUGAUGAAAUUGUGUUCUCAAAAUAAGAUCAUAUAUUUUCUUUUUCUUCUUGAUAUCGGUUGGAAUUUGCUUUUGUAAGGAAUUAUAUCUUGGUUUGGUCACAUCAUUUCACAGCUGCCAUUAAUUUUCAAGGUCAAAGCUCCAGGCAGGUUAUUAACUGGUGUCUAUAGCCUGUUAGUACUUGUAGAACCAGAGUACUGGAAUGAGUUCUAGAGUUCUGUCUGCACGUCAUUGUGGCUUAAAUAUAAGGAGAAACAAUACCUUGAUUUUUCUUUAUGGAAUUAUAUUCUGUUCCUAAGACAACAGUUCUCCUUAAUCUCCUGGUCUGUAUUUAUUAUCUAAAACUAAUAUUUAAACACUUUUAAAAACCACUGUUUAAAAUUACUUUCUUACCAAAGUUGAAGUUUGAUUUUUAUGUACUUUACAUAACUUUUCAAUUUCAUUUUUUUUUUUUUUUUGGUACCAGGGAUUGAACCCAGGGGCAGUUUAUUACUGAGCCAUAUCCCUAUCCCUUUUUAUCAUUUAUUUUGAGACAGGGUCUCACUAAGGUGCUUAGGGCCUCCCUAAAUUGCUGAUGCUAGUUUUGAACUCGUGAUCCUCCUGCCUCAACCUCCUGAGUCACAGGGAUUACAAGUGUGCCACAGCCCAAUUUAAAUUUCAAUUUUUAACAGCAUUCAUUAACAUAAUAAAAUCAAAGUUUAAUUCCUUAACCAUUUCUUUGAAACUUUUGAAAAAAGGGAAAUAAUUAUUCUUAGGAUGUUAUAUAUAAAUAAAUAUAUGUAAAUAUUUAUAAUAAAUGCUUAAACAUUUCUAAAAAUUUAGCUUCAAAUAAAGUUGUAUUUAUUUAAAACAUUCACAUUUCACUUCUUUUAGCUAAGUUAAAGUGAAUGUUACAUAAAUAAGAACCAUUUGAUUAAUUAGAUUCUAGCAUUAAGAAGUGAAAUUUCGGGGCUGGGAUUGUGGCUCAAUGGUAAAGCACAUGCCUUGCAAUUGUGAGGCACUGGGUUGGAUUCUUAGCACCACAUAUAAAUAAAUAAAAUAAAGGUCCAUUGACAACUAAAAAAAAAAAAAAAAAAAGAAGAAGAAAUGAAAUUUCCAGGUUAAUGAAAUGUCCUGCUAUAACAGGUCCAAUUUUGAAAAAAAUAAACAUAUUCCUGUAACAGCCUUUCUAAAAUAUUUUUAAUAAUAUUUUAAACUUUCUGGCCUCCUUCCAAUGAUUGUUAGCCCAAGUAACCUUCUGUUGUAUCAGACCAUCAGUUUCUCCUGACUAUAAAAGAUGAUGUCCAACACCUCGGCCCCUCCUCAGCCCUGGAACUAUUGCUGUAGAGAGAACUAUUUGUCCCUACUUAAAGUGGCCCAAAUAACUUUCAGUUCCUGUGUCCUGUUUUUUUUUUUUUUUUGCUUACUCCCUGUGGUAGACAGAGUAAUGGCUUGGCCCAAGAUGUGCAGAUGUCCAUGUGCUAACCUCUGAAACUGUGAAUGUGUUGUUAUGUAGCAAAUGGGAAUUAAGGCUGCAGAUGGAAUUAGGUUUGCUCAUCAGUUCACCUUAAAAUAGAGAGAUUGUCUUAGCUUAUUCUGGACCUAAUAAUUACAGGGUCCUUACAAAUAGGAGAGGCAGAGCAAGAUGUCAGAGUGAUGAAAUGUGAGGACUUGAUCUGCUGGUGCAGGAUUUGAAGAUGGAGGAAGGAGGCUGUGAGCCAACGAAUGCAGGUAGUCUCUAGAAGCUAGAAAUCAUGCACUUGAUAUCUAGAAGUUGAAAAAGGCAGAGAAACCUCUAGAAUGCAAUGAAAUCCUGUGGAUACCUUAAUUUUAGUCCAGUGAGAUUUGUGUUUGACUUCUUACAGAACUUGAAGAUGAUAAAUUUGUUGUGAACCAUUAAAUUGCAAUAAUUUGUUAUAGCAGCAAAUACUCUGACCUGAAGUUAUUUAUCUACUAUCUCUUCUAAUCACUAAGUUGCCUUUACUAUAUUAUCUUUUAAAAAAAAAAAUUUGGGGGGGGGUACCGAGGAUUGAACUUCAGAACACUGGGCCACUAAGCCACAUCCCCAGCCCUAUUUUGUAUUUUAUUUAGAGACAGGGUCUCACUGAGUUGCUUAGCGCCUUGCUCUUGCUGAGGCUGGCUUUGAACUCAUGAUCCUCCUGCCUCAGCCUUCCGAGCUGCUGGGAUUACAGGCAUGCACCACGGCGCUGGGCUUACUAUUUUAUCUUUUUCUGGGAUUGUAACUUCCUUUCUGAGGUGGAUUUACAAAGUAGGUCACCCAGGCUGUUAGAAUUAUUCAUAGUGCAAAUGAUCUUAUGGUACAAGCUGUCUCUAAGCAAAGUGUAUACACUCUAAUGUGUAGGUUAUAUAACAUUCAGCCAUUUUGAAAGAACUUUCCACUUGUUUCUUGUCUUUGAGGCUGAUGGCUGAAUGCUAAAAUACAAAGUUUUAAUAUUAAGAAAUUUCUGUAUCAUUGUUACUGAACCCAAAAAUGUGUUAGGAGAUACAUCCAGAAAAAAACCUUAUGUUCAUAUAAACUAGUUAAUGAUUUUUCCUAAUGUUUAACCUGCAAAAGAUUUGUUUGAUUUGAGAAAUACAAGCUUCAAUUUAAAAAAGUUUUUUUUUUCUUAAUAGAUUGGCAAAAGAGAGGGUUACUAAAUAGUAAUACUACUAUUCUCGAAAUAAUAGAAACUUUUCAUAGACCAAUUCUUUUAGUAGUAAUGGAGUAAUUGGUUAGUAUUAAAAUUGUUUUGAUUACAAAGCAUAAAAUCUCUGCCAGAGCUACCUGAGCACAAAUAGGGGUUGUUACAGGCAAGCUGAAGUACCUCACGGAACACAUGGAAGGAAACCAGCAAACCUUAGUCAGGAUUCAAAUGCCUGCAGCUCUGCCCCACAACUAAUAUCAGCUCCAUUCUCCUAAUACAUGGUGGCACAAGACCACACAUAACUCCAAGAUUUACAUGUUAUUGAUCAUUCAAAGAGAAACUGAUCUCCUUAUUCCAGUUCCAGGGAAAAGUCAGCUUGUUACCCCUCCACAACCAACUCUCCUUAGGUAACAUGGUCACAUAUAAUAGCUGCUCUGGUCAGUGACCAUGUGGGUAAAAAAAGCAUUUUCUAAACAAAACAAAACAAAAAACCAAAAGUGCCACAGUGGACUAGGUGGGGACAAACAAAAUAUUGAUAUUCUGCAGCUGAACUGUGAAAAUUUCAACAUAUACCUGAAAGACUCCUUUGUCCCUAGGAAUUGAAUUUUCUUGUGCCAAGUUGAGAGGUAUGUUAACUUGUGCCAGUGCUAUAGUAACUUUUCCUGAGUCUGUAGUUUCACGACAUGGUUGUGCCUUCCACUGGUGAAAUCUCAUGCCAUAUGAUUCUAUAACCAUUUUCUAGAAAAUUCUGUGUGUACUAUAUGAUGUCUGGAUUGACUAAUAGAAGCCUAACUUUUAGGCUUAUAUGAACAAUGGUAUUCAUUUCUAUGAAGGUAAGAUGGGAUAUGCAGUCACUUAAGCUGUACUUUAAAUUAUUUAUAUCUGUAGAAAAAUUAGCCAUACUCCUACUAACAGGAGAUAACUGUUAACAUUUUUGUGUGUAUAAGUGGUAGCUGCUUUCAUGUUACUUCAGGGCCCUUUUUGUCAGUCAACACUUGUUUAAUUAAUUCCUUGUAUUAAUUGUUUUGUGUUAAAAUAACUGUGGUUACUAUUUUAUUGUGUGGACCAUGAUUGAAACCAUCAGAGAGCUUAAAUUUCAGGUGUUGACCAAGGAUGAGAGCUAUGUAAAGUGUGAACUGGAAUUUAUUUGGCUUCUAAUUGCUUUGAGUUGUUCCAAAACCAAUCACUCAUUAUUCAACUAUUCAUUCUACAUGAAAAUAUUUACUUCUACCUCUUAAGUGAGGAAUUUAGGGUCAGGAGCUCUGAAGAAAAUUGGACAACAGUGAUUUCAGCUGUUUAUGGUCUCACUACUUUGUUACUGAUGGAAGGCUACAGGGAUAGAGAUGAACCAGUCUGGUACUGUUGACUGUCAUUGUUGUUUAAAAGCCAAAAAGAAAACUUCUGACUGUCAUGAUAAGGUACAACAAUGGAACUUCACUUUAGGUCAAAGUGUCUUUUUAUGACAGUAUCACUUUGGGUAUCUUUAAACAAUUUUUCAACACUCAGCUAAGCAAAUAAAACUCAAACUUCCCAGACCCCUUAAAAAAUAAUAUUGACCUAACUUCUACAGGAUGAAGUUAUAGUCUUGAGAGUGAGCUCUCAAUCAUACUGCCUCAAUUUAUCUAUUUCUCGUGUAACCUGACACUAGCUCAGGAUCCUUUUCUGAAAAAUAAGGAUUAAAAUAGUACUUCUCUCUAAGUGUCUCUGUUUAGAUCAGUUGCGUACACUUAUAUGGUCCCUUAUCAGUGUUCCACACAGCAUGUUAUUGUGAAUAGCACUGAGCACAGUUAGCUCCUUAUAUUUACAGUCACAUAUAAAAGAUUUCUGAACUACAGAGGAUGUUAGUGUAUAUUCACUCAUUUAAAUAAAUUGUAAUAAUAAAAAUAUUCAUAUUAAUAUUUUUCUACUUUAAUUUUAUUUUUACCUUUAAUAUUACCUAAGGAUAUAAGAAUUAGAUUCAGGAAAUCCAUUUCUUAGAUAAUUCUUGUGUGAUCUCACCAAUCAGAUAAUUAACUAGAGGGACCAAGAAAAUAAAUAUAGGAUACCAUUAA